GGGUGCGUUUAAAACAUAAACAUUUUAAAAAUAGAGACACAAUACUCUGAGUGGAGUAUAUGGGUGAAUUUGAAAUGAUUAUAAGAAAUUUGGCUACAUUAUGGUUGGAAGAUAUAUGAAAGUAUUCCAAAUUUGCAGAUAUGGUAUAUCUGGAAGUUCAGUUUGUUGGCGAAAACUUCAUACAUCAAAAGUAACACAUCUAUUAGGUCAACCAACUGGUGUUACUCAUCCACAUUUAAUGCAAAACAAUGAAAUCACACCUGGAAUUUCCAGAGAUGAGUAUGUUCAAAGAAGAGAUAACUUAAUAAAAGUUCUUAGGAACACACACUAUGGAAAGUUACAUAAAAGACACAUUCUUAUAUUCACGUCAAGUCCUGAGUAUUUCAUGGGCCCGGACGUACCGUAUCCUUUCAGGCAGAAUUCCAACUUUUUGUACCUAACAGGAUAUCAAGAACCGGAUAGUGUCUUGAUUGUAGAAAUUGGUGGGCAUACUUCUCCUGGACAAGAAUAUAAAACCGUAUUUUUCACAAGACCUAGGGAUCCAUCAAGAGAAAUUUGGGAUGGACCACGAAGCGGAAUAGAAGGAGCUGUUGAGCAAUUUGGAUUCCAUGAAGCAUACUCAAUCAAUGAUCUAUCACGAACCAUACUAGAAAGGUUUAAUGAUGAGAAUUGCCAUAUUUGGUAUGACCAUAUGGAACCAUCUCAUCUUCAUAUUAACAAGGAUAUUACCGACGUUCUUUUCAAUACAGCCAAAUAUAAAUUUAGCAGAAUUCAUCGCGUCGGUCAUUUGGUUGAGUCGCUACGAGUGGUUAAAUCUCCCGCCGAAAUUUCACUUUUGAAGAAAUGCACCUCGAUUACAGCCAAAGGGUUUAUCAAGACCAUGGCAAAUACCAAAGCCGGAAUACAGGAAUCACAGCUACAAAAUAUUAUGGAGUUUGAAUGUAAAAAACACGGAGCUGAUCGGUUAUCCUUUCCACCAGUAGUUGCAACUGGAUCGAUGGCUAACAUUCUACAUUAUAUUAGUAAUAACCAAAUAUUACGAGAUGGCGAGUUAUUAUUGGUCGACAGUGGUUGUGAAUACAAUGGCUACAGCAGUGAUACGACAAGAGUUUGGCCUGUCAAUGGUAAAUUUACAAAAGCACAAAAAGAACUCUAUGAAAUGAUGUUGAAUAUUCAAAAGGAAUGUAUAAAGUUAUGCCAGGUCGGUACUUCAAUUGAUAAUCUUUAUCAAGCAAUGACGUCAAUGAUGGAAAACGACUUCGAAGCUCUUAAAUUAAUCCCAAAAGGUCUUCAACGACACCAAAACCAGCAGCUUGUACGAAAAUUGUGUCCCCAUCAUAUUGGUCAUCAUCUUGGUAUGGAUGUCCAUGAUAUUAGUUCUGUUGGUAAAAAUCUUCCUCUGUCAGAAGGAAUGGUAAUCACCAUUGAGCCUGGUCUUUAUGUUAGAGAUGAGUUGGAUGUGCCAAAAAGAUAUAAAGGUAUUGGAAUUCGCAUUGAAGACGAUAUUUUGAUCACAAAGACAGGGCCUGUUGUCUUAACAUCUGAAUGCCCUAAAGAAGUGGAUCAACUGGAGAAUAUUGUAGGAAGUUGUAAAACAAUAUAGUGUGAAUAGUGGAAAAAGGAGUUUUACUUUAAAUAUUCUCAAUUUUUGCUCCAAUGUUUGGGUCUUGAAAAUGCCACUGGGAUAAAGUAGCAUUUUAAGCCUUGCAUUGCCCUGAAGCCUGUAUGUGGAUAAACUAGGAAAUAUUGCUUUAUAGCUUGGUUCUCAAAGAAAACCAGAAAUAAA